AUGGCCUCAUUCAAGGAAUUGUCCCUUUCCCGUCCGCUCCCCCAACAUAACCCCCGCCACCAUUCCCACUCCAUCUCCCUCGGUGCCGUGAACUCCAACUUCCGGGUGACUCGCCGCAAGAGCGUUACUACUGCCGCCGCCGCAAAUGCUGCCGCUGCGGCGGUCGCGGCGUCUAUGAAAGAGGCUCCUGGCGAUGGGACGGGGAUUACGAUGCCCUCCCAUCGGCGCGGGAGCCGGAAGGGCUUAGAGUCCAGCUCGGUCGGAGCCCCCUCCGGUUUCGGCUCUUAUCUUUCACGAAGCAUGAACAGUCCCAGCCAAGAACCGCCGGUCGCUCGCAAGACGUCACCCAACCAGGCCAACGAUGGAUCGUCAACGGGCCCAACAAAUGCAGAUGCCAAUAACCCGAAUUCCAAGCCGGUCAGCACUAAGAACCGAAACAGACGGGCCAGCGAAGGAUCGCACCUGGUCAAAGGCGAAGGGAAGCGUGCCAUGGCAGAACUUCGCUGCGAUCGUUGCGGGAAAGGGUAUAAGCAUGGCAGCUGCUUGUCCAAGCAUAUGUGGGAACACGACCCUGCAUGGGCAAUUACCUCGAAGCUUUUGAUCUCCAAACAUCAGCAGGUCCAGUUGCUGGAGGCUGCCUCCGUUCUGGUCACCAUGACUCAGGAUGAUCCGGAGGAGAACGGAGAGGCCGAGUCGGAUCUUUCUUCCGCGUCACCAGAUGCGUCGUCGGAGCUUCGGGACGGCCUCAGCUCAGCUGAGACGACCCCGCCUCCGAUGGACGAAGAUGAUGACGAUGACGACGAAGAUAUGUCUAUCGAACCGGCGACGAUGGACAAGCGGUACAGCGCUGGCAACCUGUCAGCCCACUUCUCCCAUUCCUACCAGUCCGGUCCCUCGAGCUCCUUCACCAGCAGUGCCCCAUGGGCGUCACCAGCGUUUUCGCACUUCCGCCAUUCCAGCAUCGACACCCGCCCCUCCACCGCCGAAGCCAAGCUGCACGAAGACGAUGAGGCCGACUUGGCGGCUGCCAUCGGACUUUGCAACUUUGGAACCCCGCGCAUGGGGCCACAGCAAAUGUCUCCGAGCGUGCCACCGGUGCCUCCACUCCCUACCCGCUACUUGGAUCAAGCCAGCUCCGUCGACAAUCAGGGCCGUAGCCUGGAUCAAUCGAGAACAGGUGCUACCGAUGCGGCUUUCUCCAGCACCACACCGAACUUCCUCUCGCUGUCAUUUAACCCCUCCUUGUCUUAUAAGGUGUCCGACGAGCGAGAAGUGAGAACCGGCAAUGCUGACCGUGCCAAGCGGCAGCACCGCAACGCGGACGUCGACUUCGGAAGCCGGCCUACACAGGCCGAUGAUGAUGACGAUGGCGUCUUUGGCCGAAUGGAAGAGUAG